AUGAUUUGACAACUCGUGACGUCACCAGCGCCUUCUCUGAACCAAACAUGGCGGCUGCCAUGGAGCUAAGAUGCUGGGGAGGAGACUGGGGUUUGCCUUCUGUCCACAGCGAGUCUUUAAUAGUUCAGGCAUACGCCAAGUUUUCUGGGGCAAAAGUCAAAGUUGUUCCUAUUGACUGGACAUGGAAAACUCUAACUGCGACAGUCCCAGAGUUGCUGUGUGGCGACUCUGCAGUUCAAGAACCUACAAAUAUUCUCAACUAUCUGAGAAAACAGAGGUUUAAUGCUGACUAUGAACUGACAGCCAGACAAGGAGCAGACACCAUGGCAUACAUUGCUCUGCUUGAAGAGAAACUACGACCAGCUCUGUUGCACACUUUCUGGGUGGAUGCAGAGAACUACGCCAAUCUGACACGGCCAUGGUUUGCUUCACGCUCGCCAUUCCCUCUUAACUUUUUAGUCCCUAGUCACCAUGCCAACACUGCCCUCUCCCGCAUCCUUCUAACCAAAGGAGAGGCGUCGCUACACGGAAUCACUGAGGUCGAGGGAAAGAUCUACAGUGAUGCUAAAGAGUGCCUGAAUCUCCUCUCAUACAGACUGGGAACUGCAAACUACUUCUUUGGCAAUUUGCCGACCAGUCUGGACGCCUUUGUGUUUGGUUUUGUGGCUCCAAUCUACAAAGCCAGUCUCCCCAGUAGCCCUCUGCAGAGCCACCUCAGACAGCUCGAUAACCUCACAAGCUUCUGUGACAACAUCCUCGCAGUCUACUUCAGCUCGGACCGCCCUUGUCCCCCCCCACCUGUUCAGGAAACAAUGGAUGCCAACCUCCAGAAACUAACUCAGCUAGUAAACAAAGAGUCCAACUUGAUAGAGAAGGUGCUUCUGCUUUCCUUUUAUCGUCUCUUUGCAUGGGUGCAUGGUUGCAUUUGGCAGAUGGAUGACAACCUUCGCAGCAGCCCUCAGCACAAACCCCACAGACCAGACCCCAAACCCAGUCUGGCCAGUGAGCAGAGCUCUACUCCUGCCUAACCCCCGACCUGUCAACCCUGAUCCAGACUAAUAAAUGGAGGAGGGACAGCAUGUAGAUGAAAGGUGCCGUCCUGACUCGACAUCCUCAAAUCAAAAAGUGGUCAUCCAGGGAAAAUAUGGUUUGAAUGGAAAAUAACCUAAUGAUUAUUGGAAGUAUGACGAUAUAUAUAGCUAUUAAAGAGGCUAUUUUAUAGAAACAUAAUGAUGAUUGAUUUCAAAGAUGUCGGUCUGAAAGAGAUGGAAAAGUGCACGUGUGAGGUAACAAAAAGUUUGAGUGCAUGUGUGUGGUCAUGGAUGGAAUUCUAUGAAGUGGUGUUUGAUGAAAAAGACACAGAAAGUUCAAAGGAAAGUCGAAGGAAAUGAAGUCCAGCAGGGGAAAGAAGUGGCACUGUUUGACCUCUGAGUGGACCAUUUAACCUCUUCUUCCUUUUUUUUCCUGUAAGAAAUGGGUAUUUAAUUUAUUUUUUCCAUUUUUCAUCACAUGAGGAUAUUGAAAUGGGUUAAAGAUGAAUUGAUCACUAACAUAGUGCAGAUUUGUUUAGUUACAUUACUCCAGGAUUUAAAUAUGUUUUCUUUUUAUCAUGUGAUCAUCUUAUUCCACCUCCUGUAAAAAUAUUCUGCAAAUUCUAAUGACAUUUAAUGUGUUAUGUACAGUAUGUAUACAGUCAUAACUAGGGAAAAACAAUCACUUAUUUUGCUUUGCUCUCAUCUCCUCUGCUUUGUAUAGCUUGUAUAGCUGUAAAUAUUUUCAUGAUGGAAAUCAAUGCAAUUUACAAUUUACUUGUGAUAUCCUCUAAUAGGGCUGAUCAGCUUCUUCAGUCUUUGCUAAAUACACUGAGGUACUUCAUACUAUUAACUUAUUCAUGCAAAAUAUGUGUGACUAAUGUGUUUGUGUGAGAGUUUAACCAAGGACUAUCAGAAACCAGUGUCUUUGAAUUAGCUUCUUUGUUUUGGAAGAUAACUGUGUCACUAACAAUUUCCCACAAUCUCACAGAUACAGUGUUUAUUUUGUUCAGACUUUUCAGCUGUGCUGUCAUUUGCCGUGCCUAUCUACCCACCUUGUUAAAACUGAAGUGUCUGUCCCAUUUGGGAAUGUCUCAUUAGCUGCCUUUUUGAUUUAUUUUUGCUUCUGAAUUUCAGAAAUUGUACUGUAAAAUGAGUUGCCACAUGUUUAAAAAAAAUUAUAAUUUAUUGUCAUGCUCCCUAAUAUCCUCACAGCUCAUACACGUCUGAACUGUGUCUACUCCAUGUGAUUACUUUCAUGAUUAGUGUCUAAAAGUAUUGAUACUUGGGCUCUUGCAACUUCCAAGUAAAGUACUUCAUGGUUAAAUUCCGUUUAAAGAACCAUACCGGAUGCAAAAGCAUUCAUUGGUUUGUGCGUGUUCUUUCAAUUACAAAAUGUUGACGGACAACAAUCGGGCUUGUUCGGACCUUAAGGCUGCAGUGUGCCUUCAUGACGGCUGGUGUCUUUGUACAAUCGUGCAAAUGUUAACAGUUCAUCAUUUUUGAUACAUUGCCACAAAUGAUCUUUUGUCAUUUCUGUUACUGUUGUUCAUUCUAUGUGGAUGGUUGGUAACGACUGUCAUCUUAUUAUUGAAAAAUAA